AUGGCGCUGGAGCUCACCGAGACCGGCCGGGGCGGCGGCAGCGCCGGCGGGCCCCCGCCGCGGCCGUCGCUGUCCUCGUCGCACUCGUCGUCGUCGUCGCCGCCGCCGCUGCUGACCGAAUCCCCCUCGCCGCCGUCGCCCUCGUCGCCCUCGUCGCUGCCGCCCUGGUCGCGCGGCACCCGCAUGUCGCCCUACUCGCGGGCCCCCGACCGCCUCUCCUCGGGCCGCCCUCUCCGCUCGCUCUCCUCGCGCGGGCCUCCUCCGCCACGACGCCAACGACCCGCAUACCACCCGGCCGAGCUGCUGCGCGCCGCGCGGGCCGCGGGCGAGCGCCUCGCGCGGGCCUUUAUACGCCUGACGCCCGCCCAGCGCGCCCUCGCCGCCGCCGCGGGCGCCGCCGGCCUCGUCGCCCUGGUGCUCGCCGUCGUCUACUCUCACCGCUUCUUCGCCUGGCUGACGCCGCACGCGCGGGCGUGGCGCGAGCGCCGCGGCGGCUGGCUGCUCGUCUUCGCCCUCAUCUUCGCCGCCGCCUUCCCGCCCCUCGUCGGCUACUCGACGGCCACGACGCUCGCCGGCUUCGUCUACGGCUUCCCCGCCGGCUGGCCGCUUGCCGCCGCCGCCUGCGUCGCCGGCAGCCUGUGCGCCUUUCUCGCCAGCAGGACCGUCCUCAGCGCCUACGUCGACCGCCUCGUCGGCCGCGACCACCGCUUCGUCGCCCUCGGCCAGGUCCUCCGCCGCGAUGGCCUCUGGUGCCUCACCGGCAUUCGCUUCUGCCCGCUGCCCUAUAGCCUGAGCAACGGCUUCCUCGCCACCAUUCCCAGCAUCACCCCCCUGGCCUUUACCCUCUCCACGGCGCUCUCGAGCCCCAAGCUCCUCGUCCACGUCUUCAUCGGCAGCCGCCUCGCCGCCCUCGCCGACAAGGGCAACUCGAUGACGGCCGGCGACAAGGCCAUCAACUAUCUUAGCAUGUUCCUCGGCAGCGCCGUCGGCAUCGGCGUCGGCCUCAUCAUCUACCGCCGCACCGCCGCCCGCGCCGCCCAGCUGGCCCGCGAGGGCGCCGCCGACCUGGACGCAGACGACGACUUCGACGCCGCCGCCGAGCAGGCAGACGCCGGCUACCACGACUCCGAUGCCGCCCUGCUGGACCCGGAAGAUGCCGCCGCCGUCAUGCUCGACGACGACUUGCUGCCGUGGGACGCCGACGGCACCAGCGGCGCCCCGCCUCCACGGUACGAGGAUGAAGACCGCGGCGCCGGCCAGGGCAAGUACAAUGGGCGUCCCGACGAUGCCUCUGCUGUAUGA